AUGGUGAGAUUUGCGGAGAUCGAGCUCAUCCUGAAGAAAUUACCGUACAAAGAAGUAGAUUGGAAAGACUCAAGAACGGUGGACGAAAAGCGACAAGUUAAAACGGCCGGAGAAAAAGUUUACGAAGAUAGAUUACAUUUUCGUGGUUCGCUUCGUGAUUCAGUAAAAAGAGAAGAGCAUAAACAGACACCAGAAUAUAUUGAAUCAACAGUUGAAACGGAGGAAGAAUGGAACAGUAAAAGCGUGGAAACCAUAAAAGAGGGACCUGCUGAAAUGGGAGAGUCUCCCAUACUUCACUCAAAAUGGCCAAAAAUGGAAAAAUCAGUGCAGGAAGUUUUAAUAUCCGUUGUAGGGGGAACGACAGGUGAAGGAUUUGCAGAGCAAAUUGAAUCAGAACGAGAAAGAUCAAAAGUGAAAGUGAAUUCAACAUUUACUUCAGAAAGAAAACAAGACGUUAUCGUAAAAGAGGAUGAUGAAAAGGUUCAGCAGACAUUUUUAGACCAGCCUAACUUAGGGGAAUUGAGAUUUGAGAAAGUUCUUGGGGGACUUUCAGAACAUUGGUCAGGAAAUAUUGAAAAAACGUCAAUAAAUAUCGCAAAAGAAGCUGAAAGUUUGCAAAGGCUGCAAGAUUUUUACCAAUUAGUACAUGUGAAAAUAAAAGACACGAAAGGAAAUGAAGAAUCAAAAGUUAGUGCUGUAGGCAUUUCUUUGAAUAAUGGAAAGAGGUGGUAUGAAGACGUGGGUAAACUUUCACCUUCACCUCCACACAAUGAGAUUGAAAUGAAAAAUAUCACUGCUAUUUAUGAAUGGACCCAAAGGGAGGACAUGGAAGACGAAAAAAGGGAGUGGAGAGAAGUAGGCAAAAUAAGGGAUACCGUUGUAGAUAUUAAGCAUGUGAAUGAAAUAAGCUCCGAAUUGGAUCUUGAUGUUGAGGACGUGGACAUAGCCCUUGAAGGAUCCGAUAAAAGUAGGUGGGAACAAGUAAUAAAAUGUGACAGAGCUAUACAGAACGUUGCAGGUGAACAGCAUGAAAUGGAUGGAAAUUAUCCGCAAGAUACCGAGGUGAAGACAACGGAAGAGCGCGUAAUUUCUUGGGAGUUAACAAACAAUGUGGAGGAAAAAGACGGUACAUACUUCCAUCCUAAUCUUCCAACAGAAAAUCAGAUUUGGCCUGAAGAAGGGAAGGGAAGUGUCAGUAAUGCUGAUAAAUCAAAUAUGGAUAAUGUCAAAGAAACAGCAAUACGUUCAGCACUUAUUGGAAGAAAAAACGGCGUGGUGCCGAAAAAGCGUUUAAAAAAAGAGCUGAAUGAUGACCAUAGCGGAAAUAAACGAGAUACUGCCCAAUUCUUGCAGGUACAAUCGGAGGAAUGUGUAGAAAGAAAGAUAUGUGAUGUAGAACAACAGCAAAUAUCAAGUGAAGUUGCAUUAAGGGACAAGAAGGGAGAUAGAAAGAAAAGAAAGAGUACAACUGAAGUUGAGAAAAGACUAACUGGGGAAGAUGUUGAAGAUAUAGUAAUACGGCUAAAAGACGCGGAAACAAGCAGUAGAGCAAAGGAUAUUCUGGAAGCAUCUGAUGAAGACACGAUGAGAAUGCGAACAGAGCAGAUACUAAAUGAGAAUGUAUACAUAUUAGGUGAAAAACCCGUAUCAAAGUAUCUUCAGGAAUACAACAUUUUAGGACAAAAGGGUUCUGAGACAAAAGAGUCGACAACCUUUCAAUAUGAAGUACUUGUCGAACAGGAGAAAUCUGUAAGUAGAUUAUUACCUGAAGUCACGAAGGAAAGGCAAGAAAGAAAUGCUGGGGGGACACCAGUUGUAGUGAUUUCCUCGGAACGAGAGAGAGAAGAAAAGUUAAUGGAACCCGAAAAUAAUAGGCACGAAACAGCAAUUAAUGAAAAAAUUCAUACAAAGCAUCUUGGGUCACAAAACCUGAAAGAAGCUGGGUUAAAACCAUGUGAAAAGGCGGUGUUAGAAAGCAAUGUUUCAAUGGAAUCCGAACAAGAAGCUAAGACAAUGCAGUGUAAAAGAUCAGGUAUACAUUCAGACCUGAUAACAUCUGGAAUUGCAAGACAAGAAAAUCUGAAACAGAGUGGAAGCUGCAUUCAUGAAAACGGGGAAACAUUUCAAAAUGGAUUUUUCCGGCGCGGUGAACAAGUGGGCACAGUUUUAGCAAGUGUGAUUGUCACUCCUGCUGCUCUCACAGCCGUAGGAACUCCAGCUGCUUAUGAAUGCAUGAUGAAAGAACACCAGCAAAGGAUAGCAAAUUCUGAACAAAAAAUAUUCAACAUAAAAAAACCUGCUACAACACAUAAAACAGAAUCGACAGAAUCAGAAAUUCUUGCAAGCAAUCUUGAAGUUGAAAUGAAAGAAGCAAAACCGAUCCAAGAUGUUAUGCCGGAUAGAGAGGUCCUCCAGGAAUAUGGUGCAUUAAUAUUCAAGGAACCAGCUACAGAGAGAGAACAUAUUGAAAGGAAAGCUUGGACAGAGUCAGAGGAAGUUGUGAAUCGCUUAAGUUUAGCAGAGAUUGAAACAAAACCGUUCGAAGAUUUUACACCGGAUAAAGAGAGUGCAAUAAUAUCAAAAGAACUCACUACAGAAUUAGUACAU